AUGGCAUCUGUGGUGGGAUCCCCGUCCUCCUCCAAUGCGAGCUCCAAGACAUCAACCAGACCGUCGGGUCGCAAGGGCAGUAGAAAGGUGCGGACAGGUUGUCUCACCUGCAAGAUCCGCAAGGUAAAAUGCGACGAGAACAAGCCCAACUGCUUGCGGUGCACCAAGACUGGCAGGAAAUGUGACGGCUAUGUGGCGCCUCUGCCCCGUGCCCAGAGCAGCAAGCUUCCCAACCUCGCCCCGGAGCUCAUGACCUCAGAGGACUAUCACGCCUUUGACUACUACCGCGUCCGCUCAUCGGCCGUGCUUGGAGGGAUCGUCCGGGACAGCGGCGACGACUUCUGGUCUGGCCUGGUCAUCCGCCUCGCCACCACCGAGCCGGCAGUCCGCCACGCCCUGCUUGCUCUCAGCUCUGUCCAUGAAAAGGUCAUCGCCAUUGGGGAUAAACCCGAGACGCGCAUCCCCGACACUACUUUUGCUUUUGGAGAGUACAGCAAGGCAAUCUCCGCCAUCUCCAAAUGGAAACCCCCCUCCAACAGCUCCGAGCCGGCUACCAUCCCCCUCCUCGUCUGUGUUCUGUUCAUCUGUAUCGAGUUCCUCAUGGACUACGAGGCGGCUGCCCAGGUGCAUAUCUCCCAGGGCAGGAAGAUCCUCUCCCAGAUCAGCGAAGCGCAGGCCAUGGCAUCCUCCCCGGCCGCGGAAAUGCUUCGCAACGUGCUCGUCCCCAUAUACACCCGCCUGAGCCUCGCUAGCUUCUUGUUCGGCCACCAACCCGCCUCCAUCCCGGAUUUCUUCCUCGGCGACUGGAGCGUCCCGUUCAGCUUCGCCUCCCUCCACGAGGCGAGGGACGCGCUCUUCGGCCUCCUCAACUGCGGCCUCCAGUUCAGCAUGGAGAUCAUGCCGCUCAUCUACGACCCCACCAUUUCCCAGGACCAGCUCCAGGGCAUCAUAUCCCGCCAGCGCGCCAUCCUCGCCCGCCUCGCCGAGUGGAGAACCUCCUUCGCCGUCCUCGAGGCGACGCUGGGCUCCAAGACGGCCCUGCAGGACCUGCUGCACAUGUACUACCACACCGCCCACAUCUGGAUCUCCGGGGCGCUCGGGCCGAACGAGCUCGUCUUCGACGACCACCUGGCCGGGUUCGGCGCCAUCGUCUCCCAUGCCGCGUCGGGCAUCGCAGCGGCCCCGUCCCUCAGGGGCAGGGACGCGGCGUCGUUCGUGUUCGAGACGGAGUUCGUGCCGUCGCUAUACUAUGUCGCGAUGAAGUGCCGGCACCCGAUGCUGCGGCGGGCGGCGAUCCGGCUGUUGGGGCGGAAGGAGGUGGCGAGCCGGAGGGAGAACUUCUGGCGGGCGAGGGAGUACCUGGGCGUUGCGGUGAAGGCGAUGGAGAUGGAGGAGGCGCACAUUGCGAAUAGUCCCAGGCCGGCUGAUCUGUGGGAUGAGGGGGGCUGGGAUUUGAAUGUGCCGGUUUGGGAGCCGCCGACGUUCAGGGUGAGGGAGAUGCCCAGUAUGGCGAACCUGUCGAUAAACGAGGACGGGCCGCGGGUUCCGCCUCUUGGUCGGCUUGAGUCGCCUGACGGGUCGGAGUCGUCGGGGUCUUCGGUCAUUACGGCUGGGAUGGAGAUGAUGGAGGAGUUGAGCGGCUUGGACCCGGAUAGGCUGGUGGCGCCGUUCCGGAUACCUGCAGAGCGUCGGUUACGGAACGUGCUGAUCAUGCAGAAGACUAAUGGCGGAGCUCGAGUCACGGUGUUCAAGGAUCCUGGGUUGGGGGAGACAGAGUGGAAGGUCAAGAAGUUUUUCUGGGAGUUCUAG